CAGGCGACCAUUUAGUUGGAUAUCGCUAUUCACGAUGGCGGCUCCACGCGUCAGCUUCUCCGAGAAGGACCUCGAGAACGGCGAACACGGCACCGGUGCCGCAGAUAGGUACGAUGAUGCUGCUCCUCUUGUGCCUCCUCCACCAGAUCACCACCUCCACUGGCACGACCAACGACGACGACAACAUCAACACGACUGUCGAUACGAUCAUCGCCAUCACCACGAGUCAAACAACUACAAACGCAACAACCUGCCUGCUACCUGAGCAGAUCACAAAACGAGCUCUUCUGCUAGCUCUCGAGAGCUUCGAUAUCACUACCCUCCACCGACGACAGCGAUCUGGCCGACGACAGCCAGCCUGCACCGCGACUGCGCGACUGUCCGCUCCAUCUGCAUUCGCAAAAGCCGACGAGCCAGCGAAAUUUCAACAACGCCACACAACUCCGAUCCCGGACAGCCCUACGCGUCACCAGCCAGCGCAACAUCUGAGACAUUUUCGCUGACAUGCUUUCUACAGAUCCAGGAAAUGGUCCCAAGCCCCCGGCAACAUCGAGGAUCUCGGUACGUAGCUAUCCUCGUGCUCCGCAUAGUUCUUUGGAGCUAUCGGCACACCGCGAGAUCAUCCGAAACUGACUGUAUACCUCUCUCCAGACGAGUACACUGCCCUUCAGAAAUACAUUUCCACUUACCGGGACCCCAAGGCCGC